AUUUGCUCAUUUUCUAUAAACUGAAGAUAUGUUGGUACGAUAUCGAGUAGGAAAGACUACUUUUGAGUUGGUUACCAAAGAGGGAACUGUUCAGAAAUAUAGGAAAGGAGAAAUAAAGUCAUUGGAAGAUGUUCUUCUAUCCGACACUAUCUUUACAAGUUAUGCGAAAAGGGAGAAAGCGGGAACCAACGAACUCAAAGCUGCCUUUCAAACAGACUCUUUGCAAAGUUGUGUGGAAACCAUUUUGCAAAAGGGAGAAGUACAAAUAUCCAGUGCCGAACGGAAAGAGAAGUUAGAAAAGAGAAAGAAAGAAAUUGUCAACUUUAUACACAAAUAUUAUAUCGACCCUGCCAAAAAACUUCCCCAUCCGAUGUCUCGCAUUGAAAACGCUUUGGAAGAGUGCAAAAUCCGAGUCGAUGCCGAUAUUCCUGUAGAGAGACAAAUACCUGACAUAGUUUCCAAACUGGUGAACGUUAUUCCACUAAAAAAGACAACUUUAGAGGGUCAGUUGAAAGUUCCUCAUAGCUCGAUAGGUGCAGCUUCCAGUGUGAUUGCCAAAUAUGUAACUGUUGAAAGAGAAUCCUAUUCUUCACAUGGAUGUACUUAUGAUAUUGGAAUCAUACCUGGAGAAUAUGAUUUGUUUAUGUCUGAAAUCAAUAGAGUGACUAAAGGAAAUUUCGAGUUCAAUGUUUAUAGUCAAGAAGGAGUAACAACUGGAAGUAGUCAAUCAACACAGAAGAAAGGCAAAGGCAACAUUUCAAUGAUGAAGAAUAAAAAAGGAAACAAGUAACUUUCAUUUUGAUGAAACCUAAAACAUAAUUCU